UCCGCCGUGCGCUCUCCGCCACUGACAGCGUCUGCAGCCUGCUUCAAGAUGGCGGCUCGGCUCCUAUUCAUUUUCUGCUGAUCGUCUCCCAACUUUCAUUGUCUAUUCGCCUCAAGACCCACCGAUUCCCAGCUCAGCCUCCAGGAUUGUUGUUCCUUUCUCUCACCAUGCAUCGAACGACCAGGAUAAAGAUUACAGAGCUCAACCCUCACCUCAUGUGUGUCCUGUGCGGAGGAUAUUUCAUAGACGCAACCACCAUAAUCGAAUGUCUUCACUCAUUCUGCAAGAUGUGCAUUGUGCGCUACCUGGAAACCAGCAAAUACUGUCCCAUCUGUGAUGUACAAGUGCAUAAAACCAAGCCUCUGCUCAACAUUAGGUCUGACAAAACUCUACAGGACAUUGUGUACAAACUCGUCCCUGGCCUCUUCAAAAAUGAAAUGAAGAGGAGGAGAGACUUUUAUGCAGAGCAUCCUGUAGAUGCUUCUAAUGGAUCAAAUGAGGAUCGUGGAGAGGUGGCAGACGAGGACAAGAGAAUUAUCACAGAUGAUGAGAUCAUCAGCCUUUCUAUUGAGUUCUUUGACCAGAGCAGGUAGGUCGGAGUGGAGGACAAGCAGUCUAAAGAUCAGGUGGCUAACAAGAGGUACCUGCAGUGUCCAGCAGCCAUGACAGUCAUGCAUCUGCGGAAGUUCCUGCGCAGUAAAAUGGACAUCCCAAAUACCUACCAGGUUGAAGUCAUGUAUGAAGACGAGCCUCUGAAAGAUUACUACACGUUAAUGGAUAUAGCAUAUAUCUACACUUGGAGAAGGAACGGUCCGUUGCCCCUGAAGUACCGAGUCCGACCCAAUUGUAAGAAGCUGAAGGUGAGCCACGCGGAGCAGGAAGGCCAAAACAGCACGAGCAGAUCCGGCCCAGAGAGCGACUCUGCCAGCGACAAAGCCGGGAGUCCCGCGGGGGCUCCGUCCACGUCCUCGUCGCUGCCGAGCCCCGGCACGCCCGCUCAGUCCCCGCACCCGCAGCUACCCCACGGCCCCAAUAACGUCAACGGGACCCCAGCCGCCUCCUCCGCCGCCCGCUGUCUCCGCCCCCCCUCCAACCCCAACCGGUCCUUCACUCAGUUCGGCAGCGGCAGCGGCAGCAGCGGCGGCAAACCCCGGAAGGUUUCUCUGAACGGCUCGUCGACCUCUUCCGGAUGACGCGGGGCCUCGGACCGGACCGGACCAGCCAACGCCAGACACCCGCUCAGCUAAUACUGUUUUCAUGCCAACGUAGUUCCAUUGUGUAGACAGACAAUGUUAUCUCUCUUUCUCUCUCCAUUUGUUGUUAUAAAUAUUACGGCAUCAUAUGUAAGUUUAAACGUAGUGGAAUCAGAGACAUUUCAAAAUAAAAGGAACGAGGAAGUUGGGUGGCGUGGGAAUUUUAAUAUGAAAGCAGAUUUUUUGAUGUUGAGGAAAAAAAGAAAGUUGGAAAGGAGAAGGGCAAGCAUUUACCCCCUUUUAAAGCUACAUCUUUAUUUUACAGAAGCGACUGAAGAUAGACUUUUAUAUUUUCUUUUACGUUUUUCAAAUUCAACGUGUUUAUCAUGAAUAUUUCAUGUGUGUUGGGAUAUUUUGAAACUGUCAGUUUUAAACAUGCAUGCUCAUGAGAACACUUUUCUUUUAAGAAAGAGGAUUCCGCGUGUUUACCCUUCCUCCCCACACGAGCUCUCAUUUGGACGGGUUUUUUUUUUUGGAAGUAUUUCAGGCAUCGAUCUUGUUCCAAUGAACGGAAAAUACAUUUGUAUAGCGCUGUUGGCUUCACGGGAAAAUGCCUAUGGUGGGAAAAAUCGACUUUACUUUGCCUUUUACUGGAAAAAAACAAACUUUCUUGUAGCUGCAGUGGAAUCGGAUUGCUUAUCCUUCACGUCGUUUGCGCGUUGUAAGCAGUUUUCGAGAACCCACGUGUAAAUAGAAACGAAAUGCAUAUUUAAUCAGCGAUGUUAUUCUCUUAUUCCCCUUUUGUUCUGAAGGAAUGACUUGGGCUCCUGUUCAGCUCCAUUUCAUGCUCAAUGACAGAUGUUUUGAUGUCUCUCCCGUGUUUUCCGUAUUUGUAUCGCUCGAUUGUAUGGACAACUUAUCGUAUUGUUACUGUUGCACAGUAUAAAACAUCUAAAUAAAACAUUUUACACUUAUGAAAGAAAUCAG